UUUAUAUAAUAGGCUAAUACAAUCAAUUGAUCAAAUCAAUUAUACUAUAAGACACUCAAAAUCAGCUAACACGAUCAGUUUUAACUUUUCACCAAACAAGUCCCUUUUUUUUUUUUUUGGUUUUUUUUAAUUAAAACCGAUAAAUUUUUACUUUUUACCUCACCAUUUCUAAAAAAAAAAAGACACAAAAAGCCCAAGCCUUGAAGCCCCAAAAGAACCCAAAACUUGUCGAUCAAGCCAACCCAUGUCAAAAAGCAGGCAACCCCACCCACCAACCGACCCACCCGAAUACAAAUUUCAGUUCCUAUCCAAAAAUUUGGAGAUUCGAAUUUCAUAAUUUCUCCCACCCUAUAUAUUUUGGAGCCAAACAGCCCCUAAAACCCUCGCGCCCCAAUUAUUCUAAUUACCCGUAUUAAUAAACCUUAUUAAUUCCUAAAUUAACCAAUUCGUAUAAAACCCCCUAAAUAAAAUAUAACACUCGUUUGUUUCUCCUGCUUCCCAUUUUAUCCGCCUCAACCACUCAGAUCCUUCCUCUCUAUCUCUCUCUUUCUUUCUUUCCCUGUUUUUCUUUCACAGUUUUCUUUCUCUCUCCUCCAAUUCACUUUUCCGGUAUUCUAAUUCUAAAUUCAUCCUCAGUUUCUACAAUUUCAUCCUUUCAAUUUUAUUUGAUUUACUUUUUUUCUAAUCAAUUAUUUCAUCUAAUUUCCCCCUUAAUUUCUUAAUUAUCCGAUUUUAUUGGAAAGUUUCAGAAUUCAAUUGCAUGUUUUUGGUUGGUUUUUGGUGGUUUGAUUUGGUGAUUUCAAUUAGGGUUUCUCUUUGGAAUUAAACGUUUUUCCGCAGUAUUUGAGCAAUUGGAAAAGUGUGGAUUGUUGUUGAAGAAAUUGUUGAAAAUAUUAACGAAUUUGGGAUUUUCCGAGGUUUUUGGUGGGAGAAAUUAGGGUUUUGGAGUUGAAUCUUAAUUUAAUUUGAAUUUCGAUGAGUUUUGAGGAGAGAUGAUUGUUAAACAGCUAUCAAAUUCGGAAAUGCCAGAUCUGAAACGAUGUGAUUUUGACGAUUCUGCAGUUUUAGAAGAUGAUUAUAGCGUUUCUGUGCCUCCUAAGAAGCGAAAAAUUGCUGCACAUAGUUAUUCUUCGAAUAAUGGGGUAGCUCAGUUUGAGAAUGAUGCACCAAUGAGCUCAUCUUUUACCGAGGGUUCAUCACUUGGUGAAGAAACUGAGUCUGAUUUAAGGUAUAGCAAAGUGUACUCUCGAAAAACGUCGAGAGGGCGAGUUCCGGUAUUGCCUUCGAGGUUUAAUGACUCUGUUGUUGGAUCAAAGAAGGAUAGUAAGUCUAAAUUUGCUGAUAUUGAGUCAGGUUUGCACGAAAUUUAUUUGAAAAGACGAGAUAAUAAGAAGAAUAAACCCGAAGGCUCGAAUUUCAGUACAUAUUUGGUUAAAAAAGAGUUCAAAGAGGAGAAAUUAAACUUGCCAAGUUAUAAGUAUCAUCCCUAUUUCCAGGACACUGAAGAAGAUGGGAUGAUGGAUGAUUUUGUGUACAGUAAACCUUCAAUAAAUAUGUGGAAUUCGUCGUCGUUUGUAUCGAAUAAUGAGUAUAUUCCCGUGGCUCGACCACUUUCAAGUGAGAAGGGUGCAGGGAGAGGGUCGAGGGUGAAGUCGAAACAGAAGAAAGUGGCAUAUGGACCUGAGGACUUUGCUUUGGGUGAUAUAGUGUGGGCAAAAUCAGGGAAGAGGUAUCCUGCAUGGCCUGCUAUUGUAAUUGAUCCAAUGUUGCAAGCACCGGAGACGGUUUUGAGUUCGUGUAUUCCAGGUGCUACUUGUGUCAUGUACUUUGGUUAUUCCAAGAAUGGGAAACAAAGGGAUUAUUCAUGGGUUAAAGGAGGAAUGAUCUUCCCAUUUAUCGAUUACCUAGACAAAUUUCAGGGGCAGACUGAUUUGCAUAAGUGCAAGCCGAGUGAUUUCAGAAUGGCCAUUGAGGAGGCCCUUUUGGCCGAGCAAGGGUUUACAGACGAGCAGUUAGGAAUGGUAAAACCAUCUCUUUAUGAUGCCAAUCCUCAGGGCUUUCACGAGACUACUGGUUCCAACCAGUUGCAAGAAUGCCUUUCUCAACACCAGGAUAUUCAUGACAAGAAGAGAGAUAAGCGCCCUUGCAGUGGAUGUGGGUUGGUUCUUUCGUACAAAUCCUUUGUCUCUCAUGAAGGGCGGCCGUUGUGCAAACAUUGUGUCAAGUUACUGAAGUCAAAGCAGUAUUGUGGUGUGUGCAAGAAAAUCUGGCACCACUCUGAUGGUGGAAGCUGGGUUUGCUGUGAUGGCUGUGAUGUUUGGGUGCAUGCUGAGUGUGCUGAAAUCUGUGGCAAAAAUCUCAAGGAUUUGGAAGAUGCUGAAUAUUACUGCCCUGAUUGCAAGCCAAAGUUUGCAUUUGAGCCAUCAUACUCUGUAGCUCUACCUGAAGUCAAGCCAAAACAACCUGUGCCAUCCGAUGAGGUAGCUGUUGUGUGCAAUGGUAUGGAAGCAUCAUAUAUCCCAAGCCUUCACUUGGUUGUGUGUAAGUGUGGUAAAUGUGGGACAAGGAAGCAGUCAUUAAGUGAAUGGGAAAAGCACACUGGUUGUAGAGCCAAGAAAUGGAAGCAUAGUGUCAAAGUCAAAGGCUCAAUGAUCCCCUUGCAUCAGUGGCUCACAGAUUUUGGAGCAAGUGCGUGUGAUAAUCAGAAGCUGGAUCGGUCAAAGCUAUUUGGCUUGUUGAAAGAAAUAUAUGAACCAGUAUAUGCGAAAUGGACAACUGAACGAUGUGCUGUAUGUCGCUGGGUUGAAGACUGGGACUACAAUAAAAUAAUCAUUUGCAACAGGUGUCAAAUAGCUGUUCAUCAAGAAUGUUAUGGAGCCAGAAAUGUUCAAGAUUUCACAUCGUGGGUCUGCAGAGCUUGUGAAAUUCCUGAUGUGAAGAGGGAGUGUUGCCUUUGUCCUGUUAAAGGAGGUGCUCUGAAGCCUACUGAAAUUGACACAUUAUGGGUUCAUGUCACAUGUGCUUGGUUUCAACCUGAAGUUGCUUUCUUAGAUGAUGAAAAUAUGGAACCAGCAAUGGGGAUUGUGAGACUUCCUACAAAUUCAUUUAUGAAGAAAUGCGUAAUAUGUAAGCAGAUUCAUGGAUCUUGCAUUCAGUGUUGCAAAUGUGCUACCUAUUAUCAUGCAACAUGCGCAGCAAGAGCUGGAUAUUGCAUGGAAUUACACUGUAUGGAGAAGAAAGGAGUACAAGUAACAAGAAAGGCAUCAUACUGCGCUUUUCAUAGGAACCCUAAUCCAGAUGCUGUCCUAGAAGUGCAAACACCAGAAAGGCCUUAUUUUUCUUCCAGAAUGUUGCUUCAAGACCAGAAUCAAGGGAGAAACUUCAAAGGUUCAAGGCUCAUUUCUAAAAGAGUUGAACUUCCUGACCCAUUGCCUUCAAACUCAGAGCAAUUUGAUCCCUUGUCUUCUGCAAGAUGCCGGAUAUAUUCGUGGUCCAAAAAUAAGAAAGCAGGUGAAGAGCCAAUAUUCCAUCGGUUAAUGGGGCCAAUUCAUCAUGAUAUAACUAAGAUUGACAGUUUGAAUUCUUUCAAGGAGGGUAACAAUUCAAAACAGUUCUCUUCUUUCAAGGAGCGCCUUCGUCAAUUGCAGAGUACAGAGAAUCAGCGGGUUUGUUUUGGCAAAUCUGGAAUUCAUGGAUGGGGCCUUUUUGCACGUCGGAGUAUUCAAGAAGGAGAAAUGGUCCUUGAGUAUCGCGGUGAACAGGUGAGGCGCAGUGUUGCUGACUUAAGAGAGGCACAAUAUCGCCUAAGUGGAAAAGAUUGUUAUCUGUUUAAGAUCAGUGAGGAUGUAGUAAUUGAUGCUACGAAUAAGGGAAACAUUGCUCGCCUAAUCAACCAUUCUUGCAUGCCCAACUGCUAUGCUAGGAUUAUGAGCGUGGGUAAUCAGGAAAGCCGAAUUGUGCUUAUUGCCAAGAUUAAUGUCUCUGCUGGUGAUGAGCUCACUUAUGAUUACUUGUUUGAUCCUGAUGAGCGUGAUGAGUCAAAAGUCCCUUGUCUUUGCAGAGCUCCUAACUGCCGCAAAUUCAUGAAUUAAACCCAAUAUUUUUGCCAUUUACAAGCUUAGAAGAAAUAGCAGAAGUUUUACAGGCAUAGAUAGAGUUAAAUGAACUGACACAUGUGCCAACUUAUGGAAGAACCGUCGCUACUAAAGUUGUAACGAAGAAGUUUGCUCCAUCACCCUUCCUCUUCAUCUCUUGUGAGUUGUGACAAUACUAUUGUAAAUUUACCAACUUGGUCCAGCUAUUGCUGGUGAUGAUUUUGUAUACGAGUUCAUUUUUCGAAUGUAAAUAUAGAAUUAUUAUUAUUUUUUAUAAGUAAUAUUCUUUUGUAAUUUGCCAGACUCGUAUCAUAUCUUGUAUAAAUGCAGUAAGCCAGUAAUUGUACCUGAAUUAAUUUUGCCAGUCUAAUAUCAUAUCUAGUAUAGAUUUCCUUA